AUGCCAGAGGAAGUCAUACGUUCCUCCGUGUCCACUUCGGACUCUCCUUCAACAGGGUCAACUCCAGGGGCCGUUGCAACCACUCCGGGAGCAACGGUUACGACUCCAGGGGCUGUGACCACGCCGACCUCGCAACACCAACCCAUACCAAAGAAAUCACAACAGAUUAAAACAGCAAAACCAAGACCUCACGUAUGUUCCGUCUGUACCAGAGGAUUUGCACGUCUUGAACAUUUGAAACGUCAUGAGCGUUCACACACCAACGAGAAGCCUUUCCAGUGUGCUGCAUGUGGCCGUUGCUUUGCUCGUCGGGACUUGGUGAUGCGUCAUCAACAGAAACUCCACACCAGUCUUCCCAUCCAUCGCGGAAGUAAAUACUCCGAAAAUGAGCAUAUCAUCAUACUUGACAACAACACAAGGCCAAACGUGCCGUUGCCCAAAGACUUUGGAAAGGACUUACCAACUCCUACAUCACACCAGGGUCAGUUAUACUCCCCUCCUAAAGAUAACUUGCCUCCUCAAGCCAACAGUAAUAAUAACCAUGAUAAUAAAGGAAACGAACAAUUAGGUGGAAUGCCUAACUUCCGUAUAUCAUCCACCAUGUUUGGAAAUAGUUCACCUAUGGCUGGCUCCAAUGUUCCUAGUGUACCCCCUGUAAUACCGUCUCCUAUCCCAACGACUUCAAGUCAAACCACACCUGCAGGGUAUCUGCAAGUCACUCCGGACUCUCCAAGAAGUAAAGCAGUGAAUCUGCAACAACUACCACCACAUCUAUCCCAUCAACCACAUCUACAACGAGAAGAGCAACUUCACCAACAACUUCAUCUUCCUCAUCACCAACCACAACUCCAUCACCAACAUCUUCAAGAGCAACAUGUUCCGGUGAAUCUUCAUAAUGAGAACAAUAUACAUCAUGCAAGUCCAUAUGAUGACUUCCAUCCAUUACCACAGUUCAAUAACACAAAUUCCAAUACAAAAUUCCGUCAUAACUCAUAUUCUGCUGCAUCCGCCAUUUCAUAUACCAAUAUUAAAGAUGCGAUGAGUAUUCAAGAAAAUAAUAAUCUUGACGAAGUUCCUCUGCAGGUUGAGUUUUCAACCCCUCAACUUACUGCUACAGAUCUUACUUCAAGAGCACUCCCAUCAGUUUUGGAUCUUGCUACGAUGGGGUUAGAUUGGGGUAAUAUUGAUACUCUUGAUUUAAAUCAAAAGGACAUGCACCCACAAGAACAACAUUCUCAGCACCAGCAACCACCUCAGCAUAUUCAACAACUGAAUGAACUGCCUGCACAACAAUCUCAACAGCAGCAGCAGCAGCAGCAACAACAACAACAACAACAGCAACAACAGCAACAACAACAAAAACAAAAACAGCUUCCACAACAACCUCCACAGUUACAGUCACAACAACUUCCACAACAACCCCCACAAUUACAGUCACAGCAAGCUCCACAACAGCCUCCACAACAGGUACAACCAAGUUACUUCAUGGCACACCAAUUUCUGAACCCAAACCAUCCACAUCACAUGAAGGGAACUACACCAUUUGAACUCGGCAUGAAUCCUCCAAAUGACUUGUCAAUGAUGCAACAUAUUAUGGAUGGACCUCCAUCGUCUACUAAGGAUCUUUUAAACAUAUCUGUUAAUCAAUUGAAGAAACGUGGCCAUGACUUAGAAAAAAGUGGGGGAGCUGCUAAGAAACUCAAAACCGAGGAAGUUGCUUGGCUUAAUGAUAUCAUGACUACUCCUUAUGAAUCUAUAUUUCCUACAGCUUCGCAUCAUGUGGGUUUUAUACAUUCGCCUAAUACCAAUGACUCCGGCUCCCCAGAUGAAAUUCCUAGUCUUUUCAGAAAUAGACAACUUGAUUUAUUGAAAAUGCAUCCUCUCCCACCACAAAUCGAAGAAUCAAUUCAGCAAUUCCAAAUUUCAUCCAUUGAGCAUAAGAAUUUUCUUACUGAGGACCUGAGAAGCAAAAUCUUACUCAUCAGUAAUUUAUCAAACCUUCAAUUUCCUCCAUUGGAGGAUCUCAAUGCGUACUUGAAGUUGUAUGAAGAAGAAUUUGACAAAUACUUCCCAUUUGUACAUCUCCCUACAUUGAAAUGCCCGGAAGCAGAUAACUUUGAAAAUAUUCCACUUUUGUUGUCCAUGGCAGCAAUUGGUGCGUUAUAUUCUUUCCAUGACACUAAUGCACUUUCUCUUUUCAACCUUUCGAAAUUACUCAUGCAUAAUUUCUUUGAGAAGGAAGUUCUUAUGCUGCUGGACAACUUAAAAAUGAAGAAGGUUCCUAUCCUGGCACAUCAAUGUCUCGUCAUGCAUAUUCUUAUCUGUAUAUUCCUCAAUGAAGAAAACAUGAUGGAAGUUUCUGCUAAACAAAUUAGGUCCAUGAGUGGUCUUAUUCUGUCCACGGAGUUUGACAAACCUCUUGAUAAUUCUCUUACUCCACCAACUGCACAAAUCAUUACUGGUGGACCUGAGGUGGUCAAGAAGAGUUUUGAUUAUUUCGUUAUGGCACAAUCAAGAAUUAGAACUUUACAUACUUUCUAUAUGCUCAAGAAUAUUCGAACUUCUUUGAUUGGAGCUUCUGAUGAUCCUUCAUCGACAGAUUGUGUGAACUAUUUUGGUUCAGGAUCUUAUUCCACUGAUUUAAAAUUAUGGAAAUGUCCAAAUCAAUCAGCUUGGUUACAACGUCUCAAGGAAAACCCUCAAAUGCAUCAAUUAUCAGCAGUGGAAUUGGGUAAUUCAGUUUCUAUGGAAGUUUUAUUAACUGAAUUAAAACAGCACUAUUCGGAACGUACUGUCCCAUUACGUUCUACUUUAACUUUAUUGAUGCAUAUUCAUGAUUUGAUUCAUCAAGAACGUGUUUCUAACGACGAAGAUGUGGUGAAGUGGAGACUUAAGUCACGACCACGUAUUGAAGCUCUACUUAAAUCAUGGGAGUCGAUAUACAUCAGAGCAGGAGGGCUUGUGGUUGUCAAUUCUAAAAAUGAACAUGUUCUUCUGGGAAAGGGAGAAUUGAAACUUAUUCUUCCUUUAUUAUACUUUGCUCGUAUAAGUCUUUGUGUAGAUUUUGCUCCUAUAAUGCAGGGCAUUUGGAGUGGAGGUUGGAAUAGUGAAUCAUUUUCAGUGCUUAAUAAAGACCCAGAGGCACUCAGAGAGGCUACUACACAUGCAGUUGAUAUCGUUAAUGUCUGGACUCACAAUAUUUCCGUGGCUAAUGAUGCUAAAAUGACAUCUCUUCGUACCCCGGUUUUUUUCGUCACCUGUGUGUUCACAGCAGUGGUGAUUAUCAGUCAUUAUUUAAAUAUAAUCGAAGAUAAAAAGCAAGGGAAUUUGACCGCCUAUGAAAGAGUUAUUUGGCUCAAGUGUGAAUCAGUAAUGAGAGCAGCAGAGAAAGUGUUAGCACCAUUAGCUGAAAAGGAAUAUGGAGACGAAGCUAGAGACAAAGCAAGAGCAAAGAUUGAAUCUGCUACAGAUGACACGGAUGUACAAAGUCUUAAUAAGACACUUACAGAGGCAGGUCUUGGCUGCCGUACUCUUGAACUUGGUGUACGUAUCCUCUCAGAUGCUCCUGUGUGGCCACUUGCCAUGGCAUUGGCACGAGCACUUAAGGAAAGACAAACUCACAUUUCUAAUAGCCAAUAG